GCAUGUGAGUCCUGCUCUGAAACAGGCUGGAAUGCUGUUGGCAUAAGAAGAUGCAGUUAUAUGGCUAGGAGAAAGAAUCAACAUACAUCAGACUUGACCCCAUAGUGACCUGCUUGCACAAGCAGCCUCAGCUUUCUCUGAAGCUUUUAGGUCAAUUGUUCUGUCUGCCCUUGUCAGAACUGGGUUUGGCACGUUUUAGGAACAGUGUGUUUAGUUUGAGCUGUCACCACCCUGGUUAGCAUUGUCCCAAUGUUAUGAAAGGUGGAAUGACUAGGAAGCCAGAGAAGCACUUGACGAAGAUGAGUAAUUAUGAAACAAUAGUGUAACUUUCAGGAAAGACUGAGACCAUCGCAGAACAGAGCGGACAUGGAGUGAAGAAGGACAAGUUAAGAAAUAUCGCUGAGAGAAGAUGAUGAAGAAAGAAAAAAUGUUUUAAGAAAAUCAUUGACUACUCGCAGCUCUAUUAUACUCAAGAAUUGAAUCAGGAACUGGAUGGCAAAUACAAUUUAUCACACCACGUAUUGAACAAGUCCAUCAGAAAUGUGAGUAGGUUUCUUCCAGAAAAAUGUCUGAGAGAAAAAGGAAGGAUAUGCUGCUGUUCUCCUUGACAGGACAAAGAUAUCCUUAUGCAGGAAACAACAUUCAUCCCUAUGUCAAACAAGCAUGUUUGUUGAAAUAGAGUAUUUAAAUCUUUGCACAACGGUUACAAGCAGAUCCAUAGCAAUGCAAGCAAAUAACCCAGCACCAGCACCUGGAUUCUCCAAUACUGGCUAUGCACCAGGAAACCAGGCCCCAUAUGGCCACCCGCAGUAUGCAGCUGGGAACUUCUACGGCACUCCUGCACCAGGGCCCUAUGCUUACCAGGCACAUCCCAUGGGAAACCCACCCGGAGCUGCUGUUCCACCCAUCCAGAACCAGCCUCCCGGGACCAUCUGGAUGCCCAUCCCUCCUCCUAUUCCCAACUGCCCUCCUGGACUGGAAUAUCUCACACAGAUUGACCAGAUACUAAUUCAUCAGCAAAUUGAACUUCUUGAGAUUUUUAUUGGAUUGGAAUCAAACAACAAAUAUGAAAUCAAGAAUUCAUUGGGACAAAGGGUGUACUUUGCAGCAGAGGACACUGAUUGCUGCACAAGGAACUGCUGUGGGCCAGCACGACCUUUCACUAUGAAGAUUAUGGACAAUCUGGGUCAUGAGGUGAUAAGGCUGGAGAGACCCCUCAGGUGUUCGUCAUGUUUUUUCCCCUGCUGCUUGCAGGAGAUAGAAAUUCAGGCACCUCCAGGAACACCGGUAGGUUAUGUUGUCCAGAAUUGGCAUCCCUGCUUGCCCAAGUUUACUGUUCAGGAUGAGAAAAGAAUGGAUGUACUGAAAAUUAGUGGCCCUUGUGUCGUCUGCAGCUGUUGUGAAGAUGUUAAUUUUGAGGUGAAGACUUUGGAUGAGGCUUCUAAUAUUGGGAGGAUUUCUAAGCAGUGGUCUGGGUUUUUGAAAGAAGCAUUUACAGAUACUGAUAACUUUGGAAUCUCAUUUCCAAUGGACCUUGAUGUAAAAAUGAAAGCUGUCAUGCUCGGCGCUUGCUUCCUUAUCGAUUUCAUGUUUUUUGAGAGUAUUGGUGACAGCCAACAGCGAGCGGGAGUGUGGCAGUGAAAUCUAGAACUUUGUAUUUAGAAGGAAGAAAAUAAACCACCCACUUCCCAGUGGAUUACAGAGCUCCAGUGAGAAUGUGAGAAGUGGAAGAAGUGGACCUCUUACUCUUGUAAUUAUAUUUCUAUAAACUAAAGGCUUUAUUGUCUAGCUUCUGGUUUUGUAAUCUAAUGACACUGUUGUAUUCAAAUAAGCACCUUUUGUCUGUACAGAACAAUACUGUAAUGUAUAGAAAUAUAUAGCAGCCUUUUUUCCAAUAAAUUUGGAAUUGUUGUAUUAAAACCUUAA